AUGGCGACUGCAAACAUAAAGAAAGAAGACGACGAUCCCGAACAAUGGCAAACCACUCAAGGCAUGCGUGAACCGCAUCACUGGACUGAUUCUAGUGAGGAUGAUAACGAGGAUGUAGAUACUAAUGAAUUUUUCGAUGCACACGAUACUGAAUUUCAACAAAAUCAAUCGCCUUCCACACAAACGAAUACUGAAGCAAAACUCCUGCAUGAACGUCUCAAUGCAGAUUUAUCCACAAACGAAACAGUAACAAAGAAAUCACCAGAAGAUCCAUAUUUUAUUGAUGAAGACCUCCUCAUUGAGCGUGAUGCACUUUUAACAGAUGAAGAAAAAGAAACACGUUACCAAGAAUCUAAAACAUCGAAAGAUGAAGGUAAUAAUCUAUUCGGUCGUGGUGAAUAUGAUCAAGCAUUAGAAAAAUACAGCAAUGCAUUAUGUCUAUGUCCAAUGAAAAAUACUCGAGACCGUGCUGUGGUCUACUCAAAUCGUGCAGCAUGUUUAAUGAAAAUGGAGAAAUAUGAAGCUGCUGUUCAAUCUUGUACAGCAUCGAUAAAAUAUGAUCCAACUUAUGUAAAGCCCAUUUUGCGUCGUGCUGACUCCUAUAAAGCUAUUGAUAAAUUAGAAGAAGCUUUACAAGACUAUCAGAAGGUUCUUGAACUUGAACCAACUAAUGCUCAUGCACGAAAAGAAGUCUAUAUUUUGCCCGAUCGAAUAAAAGAACGUAACGAAAAAAUGAAAGAAGAAAUGUUAGGUAAAUUAAAAGAAUUAGGAAAUAUGGUACUUAAACCAUUCGGUCUAUCCACGAAUAAUUUCAAACUUCAGCAGGAUCCAUCGACUGGUUCUUACAGCGUUAACUUUCAAAAAUAA